AUGAGUUCCAGUUCCAUCAAAUAUCUUCAUUUCUUUGCUUUCUUUCUUCUUGGUUUUCUAGUUCCAACUUUUGCUCUUAACACAGAUGGGGUACUUUUGCUUUCUUUUAAGUACUCCGUCCUUAGGGACCCAUUAUCAGUCUUGGAAACCUGGAACUAUGACGAUAAAACACCAUGCUUGUGGAAAGGAGUGACUUGCACAGAAUUAGGUCUGCCAGGAACUCCAGAUAUGUUCAGGGUCACAAGUUUAGUCCUCCCCAAUAGUCAGCUUCUGGGUUCUAUCCCACCAGACUUGGGCUACAUUAAACACCUUAGACAUCUUGAUCUUUCCAACAAUUUCUUGAAUGGGUCCUUGCCAAGUUCAUUUUUUAAUGCAACUGAGCUACACGUGAUUUCUCUUUCAGGAAAUGAGAUCUCAGGUGAGUUGCCCGAGUCUGUUGGUGGAUUGAAGAGUCUACAAUUGUUGAAUCUUUCUGAUAAUGCCUUGGCUGGGAAGGUACCUGAAAGUUUGACAGCUUUGCAAAAUCUUACAGUUCUUUCUUUAAGGACUAAUUACUUUUCAGGUUAUGUUCCUAGUGGGUUCAAUUCUGUUGAAGUGCUAGAUCUGUCUUCUAAUCUACUCAAUGGUUCUCUGCCUCUUAGUUUUAGUGGGGAUAAUUUGCAUUACUUGAACCUCUCUUACAACAAGCUUACAGGACCAAUUUCCCAAGCUUUUGCGAAGAGAGUUCCAGUGAAUGCAACUAUUGAUCUCUCAUUCAACAAUCUAACUGGAGCAAUCCCAGAGUCUCUAGCUUUGCUCAGCCAAAAAACAGAGUCUUUUAGAGGAAACGUGGAUCUUUGUGGCAAACCAUUGUCAAAUCUUUGCUCAAUCCCAUCAAGUCUCUCUACUCCACCAAAUGUUACAACUACUUCACCAGCUAUUGCAGUCAUACCCAAACCACUAGACUCAAGCACCUCACAACCAAACUCAACAGCAAACACUCAAAAUCAAGCCAAAAGUGGGCUAAAGCCAGCAACAAUUGUAGCCAUAGCAGUCUCAGACUUGGUCGGUAUAGCCAUUCUUGCUCUAGUCAUUCUUUAUGUGUACCAAAUCAAGAAAAGAAAAACUCUUGUCAACCAAACCAACCCACAAAAUAAAGAGCAAAAAUUCUCACUUCCUUCAAAAACUGUUGUUGUAAAAGAAGAGACAGAACCAAGAAAGCCCGCAAAAUGGCCAUGCCUAACGUCAAAAGGAGAAGAAACAUCAGAAACAACAACUUCUGAUGAUGAUGAUCGAGACGAUGAAGAUAACAACAACACAAACUAUAGCGAGAGCAAUCAAGAAAAAGAUGGAAAGCUAGUGAUAGUAGACGGGGAGACGGAACUUGAAUUGGAAACCUUGCUAAAAGCAUCAGCUUUUAUACUGGGAACAAGUGGAGGAAGCAUAGUGUACAAGGCAGUUCUUGGUGAUGGUACUGCGUUUGCAGUGAGGAGGAUUGGAGAGAGUGGAGUGGAGAGAUUAAGAGACUUUGAGAAUCAAGUGAGGCUUAUAGCUAAAAUAAAGCAUCCAAAUUUGGUUAAGGUUCGUGGGUUUUACUGGGGUAAUGAUGAGAAGCUCGUUAUCUAUGAUUAUGUCUCCAAUGGCAGCCUUGCAAGCUCUGGUCACCGAAAACCAGGUUCCUCACCAAGUUAUCUACCACUUGAAGUCCGUUUGAAGAUAGCAAGAGGUGUAGCAAGAGGAUUAGCUUUCAUUCAUGAGAAGAAACAUGUGCAUGGCAACAUUAAACCAAGCAACAUCCUCUUAAACCUUGACAUGGAGCCACUAAUCUCGGAUUUCGGACUAGACCGGCUUGUCUUGGGCAACAAUAGCAACAAAGCAAGCAGCUCGGGCCGCCAUUUAAUUGGUAUCCAAAGGUCAAGCUCCAUGGCACUAGACCACUCUAUCAAUGCCAGCCACUAUGCACCUCCCAGCUCCUCCUCGGCCAGCUCAUUACCAUAUCAAGCGCCUGAGUCGUUAAACAAUCCAAAGCCAAACCCUAAAUGGGAUAUCUUUUCAUUUGGAAUUGUUUUGCUUGAGCUUCUCACUGGGAGAGUGUUUUCAGAUGGAGAAUUGAGUCAAUGGACUGCCGGUUCAAUCAUGGAGGACAAGAGCCGGGUUCUGAGGUUGGCUGAUGUGGCAAUCCGUACCGACGUGGAGGCUAAGGAGGAUGCCAUUUUGGCAUGUUUCAAGUUGGGGUUUAGUUGUGCUUCUUUUGUACCCCAAAAGAGACCGUCCAUGAAAGAAGCUCUUCAAGUCCUAGAGAAGAUCCCUUGCUCUAAUAUUUCAAACUAA